AUGGUUGGAGGAACGCCCUCCACACAGGUGCACACGCCACCCAACGCCCUCCACACAGGCCCGCACGCCACCAAACGCCUUCCACACAGGCCCGCACGCCACCAAACGCCCUCCACACAGUCGCGCACGCCACCCAACACCCUCCACACAGGCGCGCACGCCACCCAACGCCCUCCACACAGGCGCGCACGCCACCCAACGAGCGCCCUCAACACAGGCGCGCACGCCACCCAACGAACGCCCUCCACACAGGCGCGCACGCCACCCAACAACGCCCUCCACACAGGCGCGCACGCCACCCAACAAACGCCCUCCACACAGGCGCGCACGCCACCCAACAAACGCCCACCACACAGGCACGCACGCCACGCAACACCCUCCACACAGGCGCGCACGCCACCAAACGCCCUCCACACAGGCGCGCACGCCACCCAACGCCCUCCACAGAGGCGCGCACGCCACCCAACGAACGCCCUCCACAGAGGCGCGCACGCCACCCAACGAACGCCCUCCACACAGGCGCGCACGCCACCCAACGAACGCCCUCCACACAGGCGCGCACGCCACCCAACGAACGCCCUCCACACAGGCGCGCACGCCACCAAACGCCCUCCACACAGACGCGCGUGCCACCCAACGAACGCCCUCCACGCAGGCGCGCACGCCACCCAACGAACGCCCUCCACGCAGGCGCGCACGCCACCCAACAAACGCCCACCACACAGGCACGCACGCCACGCAACACCCUCCACACAGGCGCGCACGCCACCAAACGCCCUCCACACAGGCGCGCACGCCACCCAACGCCCUCCACAGAGGCGCGCACGCCACCCAACGAACGCCCUCCACAGAGGCGCGCACGCCACCCAACGAACGCCCUCCACACAGGCGCGCACGCCACCCAACGAACGCCCUCCACACAGGCGCGCACGCCACCCAACGAACGCCCUCCACACAGGCGCGCACGCCACCAAACGCCCUCCACACAGACGCGCGUGCCACCCAACGAACGCCCUCCACGCAGGCGCGCACGCCACCCAACGAACGCCCUCCACGCAGGCGCGCACGCCACCCAACGAACGCCCUCCACGCAGGCGCGCACGCCACCCAACGAACGCCCUCCACGCAGGCGCGCACGCCACCCAACGCCCUCCACACAGACGCGCACUCCACCCAAUGCCCUCCACACAGGCGCGCACGCCAACGAACGCCCUCCACACAGGCGCGCACGCCACCCAACGAACACCCACCACACAGGCGCGCACGCCACCCAACGAACGCCCUCCACACAGGCCCGCACGCCACCCAACGUACGCCCUCCACACAGGCGCGCACGCCACCCAACGAACGCCCUCCAUACAGGCGCGCACGCCACCCAACGAACGCCCUCCACACAGGCGCGCACGCCACCCAACGAACGCCCUCAACACAGGCGCACACGCCACCCAACGAACGCCCUCCAUACAGGCGCGCACGCCACCCAACGAACGCCCUCCACACAGGCGCGCACGCCACCCAACGAACGCCCUCAACACAGGCGCACACGCCACCCAACGAACGCCCUCCACACAGGCGCGCACGCCACCCAACGGCCUCCACACAGACACGCACGCCACCCAACGCCCUCCACACAAGCGCCUACGCCACCCAACGAACACCCUCCACACAGGCGCGCACGUCACCCAACGAACGCCCACCUCACAGGCGCGCACGCCACCCAACGCCCUCCACACAGACGCGCACGUCACCCAACGCCCUCCAUACAGGCGCGCACACCACCCAAUGAACGUCCUCCACACAGGCGCGCGUGCCACCAAACGACCGCCCUCCACACAAGCGCGCACGCCACCCAACGAACGCCCUCCAUACAGGCGCGCACGCCACCCAACGAACGCCCUCCACACAGGCGCGCACGCCACCCAACGAACGCCCUCAACACAGGCGCACACGCCACCCAACGAACGCCCUCCACACAGGCGCGCACGCCACCCAACGGCCUCCACACAGACACGCACGCCACCCAACGCCCUCCACACAAGCGCCUACGCCACCCAACGAACACCCUCCACACAGGCGCGCACGUCACCCAACGAACGCCCACCUCACAGGCGCGCACGCCACCCAACGCCCUCCACACAGACGCGCACGUCACCCAACGCCCUUCACACAGACGCGCACACCACCCAAUGA